AAUUACUUCUCUUUACACUUUUAAUUUUGUAGGAAGUACUUUCUGCCUUAGCUUCCUUAUAACAUGGCUUCAAAAACAAGAGCCUCAGUUACCCUUUUCCUCUCAUUGAAUCUCCUUUUCUUUGCCAUAGUCAGUGGAACUGAUUGUGGCUCUUGUCAUAAUAACCCUCCUAGCACCGGUAAUGGCGGUAACACUGGUGGCUCGGGCAAUGGUGGCAGCUCCGACAGCGGUGGUGGUUCAGGGAAUGGCGGCGGAGCUGGCAAUGGACAAAGCAGGUGCCCGAGAGAUGCUCUGAAGUUGGGUGUAUGUGCAAAUUUAGUUGGUGGAUUGGUGGGAGCGGUAAUUGGGAGUCCUCCAACGAUGCCAUGCUGCAGCUUGAUCGCGGGGCUGGCGGAUUUAGAGGCGGCAGUUUGCUUGUGCACAGCCAUAAGAGCAAAUGUGCUGGGAAUAAAUCUGAAUGUGCCACUCUCCCUUAGCCUAGUUCUCAACAACUGCGGAAGGAAUCCUCCUACUGGCUUCACUUGCUAAUAAGCCGAUGUCCCCAAUGCCUAUUUCAGCCUUUUCUUAUGUCAGUCAGACAAUCAUUUUGUGUUCGCAUCAAUUUUCUUUUAUGA